UCCAGGGAGAGACGGAGAGAUGUGGGAGGGUGGGGGUGGAAGUGUGCAGACGACAGAGAAGGGUGGGGGCUUCGAGGGUAAGGUGGGCUUCCUGCAACACAAGCGGGGAGGCUGCCAGGGGUGUGGGCACGGGAUUGCGGGGAGGCGGUGCAGGAAUCCGUCCCGCAGAGUGCCGUCUGCCUCUGUGGGCCUGUUUGCGCGCCUGGGGCUGGCCGCAUCGUGGGCGCGGGUAUCUGCGUGCCCGGGUGGUAGUUCCGAGCCUGCGCGCGUGCGACCGGGUGCGGGAGGGGGGAAGAGUGCCGUAAAAAUUCAGACGAGUGGCCCGUAUGUAAAUACGGCCCGGGGGGAGCAGGGAGGCGGUAAUGAGAGCCGCUGGCGCUCAGCCCCGCCGGCGGCCCCUAGCUUUCCCGCCAAGUGCAGCCGGAGGACAGACAGCCAUGCGUGUCCUUGGCGGGAGAGCCCCCACCCGCCGCGCGCGCCCGCCCUCCGCGCACACGCACACACUCCCCUCGCAGGCGUGGGGCCCAAUGGCCACGAGCAUGUCAGGAAAACAAAGCUGGGGCUGCGAGGUGGAACGAUGAAACGGCAGACUUGGCAGCCGAGGGCAGAGCGGAGGAGCCGCCACCGCAGCCACCGGCGCUUUCUUGUCUGCUCGCAGCUCUGCCCUCCGGCCCAGAAGCAGCCCAGGACCAUUUCUUAGCUGCCUGAGAGAAGGUGGCGAGCAGAGGAGGGGGCGGAUGUGUACAGGGAGGUGCCAGCGGCCCCGUGCGCGGGCACGCACACGCCGGCGCGCAGGGCUGCCGUGGGCGGAAGGAGGGGAAUGAGAAGGCCUCGGCAGCGUCUCAGGGAGGCACUACCUCCGCGCUGAGGCCGCAGAGUUCUAAGUGCAAAACACCAGGCCAAAUCCGGCAAGGCGGCAGCUACGGAAUGGCUUACACCUCAAGCCUCCUUCCGCAAACAAUGCGAUGGGAAGCACCUGGCUGUUCAGGGGAAGCCUGUGCUGGCCUCUCUUUUUAAAAGGGUGAACUCGAACCCCAACCUAGGAGUGCUGGCCUAGAUGGCUCCGCAGAUAAGUCCCAGACGUGGCUUUGGAAAGACUGAUCCCUCUCUGCUCAGAGCGCCUACCUCGGUGCUCACUAGCGCAAGCACCUCCCAACACACACACACACACACACACACACACACACACCACGGCACUCCCAUCACUUUAAAACGCGCGCUCAUCACCCUGCUGUUAAUGAAGCCGCUGCGCGUAAUGAGUGCACAGGUAAAUAGGUACCGAAACCAGAAGCCUUCACCAGUCGGCUGGGCGAUUUACCUCUCCCUACAGGGAGCAAUUGUAGUUAUCUUGUUUUAGGAGUGAUUUGCUGUUGUCUGUGGUCUCCCCCUCCUCUUCUUGUGGAGAGAAGCCAAAAAAAUAUAUAUGUUCCGUGGUCAGAGUCUUCUUUCUGAUAAGUUACCCGAGCAUUGGUCUAAAACAUUUGCUUAAUCUGUUGGUUUUGGUUUGUUGUUUUGGGGAGUGUUGCUUUUCUGAGGGAAGCAAAAGAACGUGUGUUUGGUGGGGCUGGCAGCUCAGGACAAGAGUCUGCGUGUGCGGCCGGAAGGCUGGCGAGUCUGAAAGCCGCGCGGUGCAGAAAGAAGGCGGCGGCUUGUCCUCCCCCGGGGCCGGCACUGGCCCCUUUGGCACCUCCGGCCUCGGCUCGGCUACUGCCGCCGCCGCCCGCGCUCUCGGGUUCCGCCGGCUGCCGCUCCGUGUUUUCCCCCAUCCCGGCUUCACGUUCAAGGUUUAGCUGCGAGGUCACGUCCAUUGACGUCAGCUCCCUGUCUCCCUCUACGUCCGGCUACAUUUACAUACAUCAAGGAAAUUAGGGCAUUAAAAAAAUAUGCAAAUCCUGCGCGAAGAGGAGCGGGUGCAUUCCUGGCGCGAUCGCCUUUUAUUGAAGCUUUUAAUUAAAGGGGCCAGUUGGCGAGCCCCUGAAACAACCGCCAAAACCCCCCAAAAGAGAAAAAUAAACGCUGUAGCCUUCGAGAACGGUUGUUUCGGCUCCUGUUCUGUGGGCGGCUGAGGACCGCCGGCUGCCCGGCUCGGAGAAGAACAGGGCACCACUUUCAGAUAAAAACAUAGACCUGAAUGGCAUCAUCCAGUAUCCAAGGAAACCAUGCUUGCUUGAAGAGUGAGCAAGUGAGCAAAGAGACAAGAUUACAUGUUUAAACCGAGAAAAGUAUCUUGAAA